AUUGGUCAGAUUGAGAGGACACUGUUUGAGGACACAGUGAAGACGCUGAAUAAUUACUAUGCAGAGGCGGAGAAGAUCGGAGGCCAGUCCUACCUCGAGGGAUGUCUGGCCUGCCUCACAAUUUACCUCAUAUUCCUGUGCAUCGAGACACGCUAUGAGAAGGUGCUGAAGAAGAUCUCGCGGUACAUUCAGGAGCAGAAUGAGAAGGUCUACGGUCCUCGAGGUCUCCUCAUCACAGACCCCAUACAGAGAGGCAUGAGAGUCAUUGAGAUCAGUGUGUACGAGGAUCGUGGCUCCAGUGGUUCAAGCUCAGGAAGCAGCACAACCAGCAGCAGCGGACGCUGAUUCACACACACACACACACACACACACUCAGACACACACACACUCACUCACACACACUCACACACACACACACACACACACUCGCACACGUGUGACGCCUUCAUACUGACGGCCGCUGAACAAACACGACACGACAGCGACCGCUCAGCAUCGUCAAACACAAACACACCUGACAUGCACUGCCUCCACGAGACACAUCAGCUGCUGGAACAGCAGCGCGUCAUUACCUCAGUCAUUACCUCCACCCUCCUGCAGCCGUUGCACAUCCUCCAGUCACUCGCUGUAGCAUCCUGGGUAAAGCGCACAUGAGCUUCUGUCACUGUAAUAUGCAAUCUCACUCACAAACGCCUGUGAAGUAGCUGCCGAACGGCACACGACAGUCUUCCAUCUUCAUGAUUUUUCACCCUUUUGUUUUGAGUAUGAGCACUUUUACUCUAACUAUUAAACAGAAGACAGAUUUUAGACUAGGUAGAUGUCAAGGACUGAAAUCUGACCCCAGAUAUUUUAUACAGGCCCCAGACACUGCCAUCUUAUUCCACGGGUACUAUUUAUGACUUUAUUGUGUUGCUUUAUUUCAUAGUGUGCUAAUCGUUCAUGCUUUGUACUCAUAACGCACUGUCAGAGCAGAAACGAGUCCUGAUGACGUGACUGAAGAGCCAGAGCUUCCUCACAUGGUCCUUCAUCACGAGCUUCCAUUUCUUACUGAGAACCUUUGGCUCCUGUAUGCAAAGAUGAAGAGAAAAAGAAGCUGAGAGUGCUUUUUCUGUUGUGUAGCAAAAUAAAUGAACAUUGAU